ACGUGUGUAGCCUUGAUCAACUUGCUAAUUAUACAGUAACUCAAGCAUGCCUUCUUCGUUCGUCUCUUCCGCCAAGUCCGCCUCCUCCUCCUCCUCCUCCUCCUCCGUUGUCACCAUGCUCUCUAAACUCACCGUCGUCCCUAACAAGAAAUCAACUUUUUCAGACCUAAAGCUCUCAGUCUCCGACCUCCCCAUGCUCUCUUGCCACUACAUUCAAAAAGGCCUCUUUUUCCCGCCACCUCCCAUCCCCAUCCUCCCCCUCUUCUCUCUCCUCGCCACCUCCCUUUCCCGCGCCCUCUCCUGCUUCCCACCACUCGCCGGCCGCCUCUUCACUGACGCCGAAGGCCGCGUCUUCAUGUCCUCUACCGACGCCGGCUCCGAGUUCUCCCUUGCGAGCGCACCUUCCCUGAACCUUCCCCUCCUCCUCCCACCUUCUUCCGACGUCCCCAUCCAAGUCAAAUCCUUCUUCCCUCUCGACUGUACCGUCAGCCACGACGGCCAUUUCCUUCCUCUCUCCUCCUUCCAACUCACCGAACUCGGCGACGGAGCCGUCUUCCUCGCCUGCACUAUCAACCACGCCGUCGUCGACGGCACUUCCUUCUGGAAUUUCUUCAACGCUUGGGCCGAACUCUGCCGUUCACCUACUCUAACCACCAUCUCCCGUCCUCCGAACUUUAUCCGAAACUUCUUCCCCGACUCCUCCGCCAUUCUACGUUUUCCCGGCGGCAAGGGUCCCGCCGUCACCUUCCCGGUUGACUCUCCAAUAAGAGAGAGAAUAUUCCAUUUCCGCCGUGAAUCAAUUCAGGAAUUGAAAGCGAAAGCAAAUAACUACCACUCUUCCCAAAACGCUGAGGCGUACGGCAAAUCUAUCCACGACAGAAAACAUUUCAAAGAAGUAGAAGAGAUUUCCUCAUUUCAAUCUCUGUGCGCGCAGCUGUGGCGGUCGGUGACUCGCGCGAGGAAACACCUCCAGCCGUCAACGCCGACGACGUUCCGCAUGGCGGUGAACUGUCGUCGGAGAGUACUACCGGCGGUGGACGAUUGUUACUUCGGGAACGCGAUACAGAGCAUCCCGACAACGGCGGCGGUCGGAGAAGUGGCGGCUGGAGAGCUUAGUUGGAUUGCUGGGAUGCUUCGCCGGAAUGUGGCUGCGCACGGGGAUGAGAAGAUAAGAAAGGUAGUGGCGGAGUGGGAGACGGCGCCGAGAUGUUUUCCUUUGGGGAAUCCCGGCGGAGCAGGGCUGACGAUGGGAAGCUCGCCGAGAUUUCCAAUGUACGAAAGGAAUGAUUUCGGGUGGGGUGAGCCAGUGGCGGUGAGGAGCGGGAAGGCGAAUAAGUUCGACGGGAAGAUAUCGGCGUUUCCUGGGAGGGAAGGGGGAGGGAGCGUUGACCUGGAAGUUUGCCUUGCGCCAGAAACCAUGGCGGCGUUGCUCCAAGACAUUGAGUUCAUGCAUUACGUAGAGGUGGAAGAGGUGGAUGCCGUUGCGGCAAUAUGACAAACGGCUUAUGGGCCCAAUUCUCAGGUCAUCGUAAAUCCUCUUUGGAUCGCAUGCUUUAUGUAACUUUAUUGAUGCUAUU